UAUUAAUUUAAAGGAUGAAAAUAAUAAAAAAAUGAUCGUCCACUUUUAAUAAAUGCUAAGAUAAAUGCAAGAAUUUGCGAUUCGAGAGAACUCACUUAGCGGGAGAAAUUCUAUAUAUUAAAAUGCAAUCAAAUGCGCAUCAAAUGUUUUUUUCGUGCGAAAUCCUUUUUCAUUAACGUCUUGUAGAAGUAGUUACGUGCCGACAGAUAGCCAAUACGAUUAUCUGUCAUGAAAUGUAAAAGUAGUUAAAAUGUGCCCUUGCUCUUCGUCCGUUAUCUUAAGGAAAACCUCGAGCAUUUCACUUGAGGGCGUGUCCAAUAAUUUUGAUAUUAAGGUUUUUUUUUUAAAUUUGUGCAAAUUCUUGUGAAUGUUCUUUUCAGAUGCGACUGUGUUUCUUAAAUCUCGCACACCUUCUGGUGAUCGUUGCCGCCUUUGAUAUAGCUGUCGGAAGCCCUUUGCCGUUCAUGUUGCUGACGAAUGCAUCAUACACACGGACAAAUGUUGAUCAAUCCGGCAUGAACAGACUGAAAGCCGAUAUUAAGCCGGUGAAAAAGAGUGGUUUCACGUCGACAUGGAGCAGGAUUUUGCAGAAUCCGCCGGAUUCUUUGGAAGUUGCCGUCGGGAGUCGCGUCGAGCUGCAAUGCGAGGUAGCUGGAAAUCCGCCGCCCCAAGUAUAUUGGAUAACAGGAAACGAGCCGGAAAGACAGAUUCAGGAAUUGACCACGCGGGCCCAAGAAGGAAGCAACAUUAUAUCUACGGAAUGGGAAGGAGUCAGUCAAGUUUCUUCCACAUACGUGAUCGAUUGCGUCAGAGUUGAAGAUCAAGGUUUAAAAUAUUGCGUAUCCAUAUCUAAAGACGAAGUGGCGGUAUCGGCGGCGACGGUACUCCUAGUUAAUACAACCAGAACCACCGAAUGCAACAAGGAACGUCAGCCCACUAUCGUCUUACAUUCCGCUUGGAGAUUUGCCCUUCAACAAACCACGAUAAUUCUUCCGUGUAGGGCCGCAGGUCAACCAGCGCCCUAUCUAUUCUGGCUAGAUAACACGGGCAAAACUAUAAGUCCCACCACGCAUACAAGACAUACCGUUCUACCUAAUGGCGAUCUGCAGAUAACUGAUCUCGAAUGGUCCGAUAUGGGUGAAUAUACUUGUAAGGUGCAGUCGGGAUAUACGGAGAAGAGUGUGUCCACAUUUCUGUAUCCCGUACGUUCCGAUUCAGAUGAAAGACAGAUGAUAAAUUCCGCAUAAAAAAAAGUUAAUAAGCUUCUAUUUUCAAUGCCUUUUACUGCGAGCACGCAUAAGUGACCAAAAUCUAUUACACUUAUAAAUUGUGUCUAUAAAAAUAGAAAUUAGUAAUUAGAAAUAUUAUAUAUUAGAGAAGUACUUAUUCUUUUUUUUUUUUUUUUUUUUUUACUUUUACGAUACCAGUGUUACUUGUCCUCAAAAGUUUGAUAUUUGAACUUGACAGAUUCGUUUCUUACGUUGGAUCGAUGCAUAAAAUUUUUUUUUAAUUUGCAUAAAAAAUGUAGAUGAAUUCAAAGUAGUUAAUAAAUGCGAUCUGUAUCAUCCUU